AUGGCCAAUCGAGAUAUCAACGACUUUGGGGGGUUCGACGACAGGCAGCUUCCUGCAAUUCGAUCUCCAGACUAUAUCGAGAGCAACGAAGAGAGUCAUAUUGCACACAUGGCCACGUAUACAUCUUCCGUCCCGGUGGGCGAUUAUGCUUACACAAUGCAUAAUUCUAUGCUUGCUUAUGAUACUGCCAAUGAGGGUAAUUCAGUGUCAGUGAGCUUAGGUUCGGAAAGUGCUUUUGCAUACGAUGUCUCUACCUACCCUUCGUCUACAACAGCUUUGAACUACGACCUCAAUCAGUUCGCUUCCCUGCAUUCACACGCUCCCGGGUCUGACAAUGCCUCGACAUAUUCCAGCGCGCAACGCCAUUACUGGACCCAGCCCCAUACAUCAGGCGGCAUGGUCUCUUCAACUCAGACUUUGCUUUCUCACCCAGCACAGCCCUCUCGCGCCGCUGAGCCUUCAGCGGCCCAGAAAAUACCUCCUGGACAGCUUCAAGAUAUCAACCCUUUUCCUCAAGCAUCGGUAUCAGCGACCUCCCAUCGGCCCAUCCAGCCAAAAUCUUUGGCAGGAAAGGGUGCCAGGUCAGAAGCUUCUAGGAGCAGCACCCCGUAUCCCAAUGUUUAUUCACGAAGUGGAUAUGAUAUGAUGGGCAUCUUGGCCGAGGUGGUAUCGAGAGAUAAUCCUAGGAUUGACCUUGGCCCGGUUGAUCUCUCAUGUGCCUUUGUACUCUGUGACCUCACAAUGGAGGACAGUCCUAUUGUUUACGUAUCCCAUGCCUUUGAGCGGCUAACAGGGUACAAUGAGAAGGAAAUUGUUGGGCGCAAUUGUCGCUUCCUUCAGAGUCCUGACGCCAAGGUGGAAAAAGGGGAGCCCCGGAAAUUUGUCGACUCUCAUACAGUCAGCCGUUUACGCAGUGCGGUCGAUCGACGUUCUGAAAUUCAAGUAAGCAUCAUCAAUUACCGAAAAGGAGGGCAGCCAUUCUUGAACCUGGUGACGAUGAUCCCGGUGCGCUGGAACGCUAAAGAUUACUACGUGGGUUUUCAAGUCGACCUAGUCGAACGGCCGGAGGCUGUCACACGAAGAAAUUCGGAUGGGACUUACAUGAUAGAUUACCACCGGAGCCAACUACCUGCUUAUGUCGUCCCUGCUGCGGAUAUGUAUCGGGAUGGCCAUGUUCCUACCGCCAUGCUUAGUCCGAGACAAGUGUCAGUCAUUCUGAACGACUUUGUCAAAGGCCAGUCAUCAGUGGCAGUAAACCUUUUCCACCAUAUGCUAGUCGAGAACACAGAUGACCUGAUUUUUGUAUUGUCAUUUGAGGGUGAAUUUCUCUAUUUGUCGCCGUCUUGCCAAACAGUGUUGGAGUACAAGCCGAACGAUUUGUGCGGAAAGACGUUAUCAGCAAUAUGUCAUCCAAGCGACAUUGGCCCCGUGACUCGCGACAUGCGGACUUGCACCACUGGCGACCCUAUUAGCAUACUAUAUCGUAUUCGGAGAAAGGAAAGCGGUUAUACCUGGUUCGAAAACCAUGGAGGAUGGCACAUCACCCAACGAGGCCGGCAAUUCAUGGUCCUCGUCGGCAGACUUAUCCCUAUGUACUCACCUAUCCAGCUUGCCAACGUUGAGAGCGGCGGGCUGGCCGAGAACGACAUCUGGGCGAAGUUAUCCUUGUCAGGGAUCAUCCUCUUCAUGUCCUCAAAAUCUCGCGCAGUCCUCGGCCAACCGUCCGACGACCUCAUAGGGAAGCGUUUACAAGACUUUCUUGUGACCGACAACUUCCACUCGGAACCGGCUGUCCAGCAAGCGCUUGAAACAUCCCGUCAUAAUCAACAAGCUACUUUCACCCACAGAAUCCGCCACCGGAAGGGCCAUAUCAUUUCUGCCCAGAUCACUCUAUAUCCGGGAGACAUAGUAUAUGGCGCUUCCAAGCCCGCCUUCUUGAUCGCACACCUCCGCUUUCCAAGGGAACUCCAACUACAAGCAUCAACCACUGAAGACCAAAGCAAUAGCCAGAGUCAGAGUCAGACCUCAAGUGACACCGGCCCUGGAGACUACAAGACACCCCAGAAUCAGCAACAGACAGCCGAAUCCCAUCAAAAACCGCACCCGAACUUCCCGCAACCCCCCACUUCCUCCGCAACCCUAGCCGUGCCGUCAUCAGCCUCACCCAACUCCGCCGAGCCGCCCACUGAACUCGGCAUGCACCUCUUCGAAGAACUCAACCCAACUCGCGGCUCAAACUGGCACUUUGAGCUGCGCGAGCUCGAAAAGCAGAAUAGGCAUUUGACCGAUGAAGCGCAGCGUCUUCUUGCCCGGAGACGAAAGCGGAAGAGGAAACAAAGCGCUGCUGCUAUGGAGAAGAGCUGUGCUAUGUGUGGGACACGGACGACACCUGAGUGGCGGAGGGGUCCGAGUGGGAAUCGGGACCUAUGUAAUAGCUGUGGGUUGAGGUGGGCGAAGCAGGUGAGAAGUGCGGCCGCAGUGCAUAGUCAGGCAAAGUCUGGCGGUGAGGGUUGA